AUGUCUUCUAUAAGAAAUGCCGUACAACGGCGCGUUCACCGAGAACGUGCGCAACCAAAAGAGCGCCAACGCCUCGGUCUACUCGAGAAGCACAAGGAUUACUCCCUACGUGCCAAGGAUUUCAACAAGAAGAAAGCCCAAUUACGCGCGCUGCGGCAGAAGGCCGCUGAUCGCAACGAAGAUGAAUUCUAUUUCGGGAUGAUGUCGCGAAAGGGUCCUGGUGAUGCAUUGUCAUUAGGGAAGCGGUGGACUGGAACCGUCAAUGGCGACCGUGGCAAUAAGGUCAUGGAUAUAGACACCGUGCGCCUGCUUAAGACCCAGGAUAUUGGGUAUGUGCGCACCGUGCGUAAUGCUGCGCUCAAAGAGACCAAAGCGCUUGAGGAGAGGGUUGUGGGAUUAGGCGGUAGCUUAGAUGCUCAAGUUGAGGAGGACUCGGACGAUGAAGAUGAGUUUGGAGCACCGAAGCAGACGAAACCGAAAAAGAUUGUAUUCACAGAGGGCGUGGAAGAGCGUGAUGAGAAAUUACGACGGGAAAUAGAGAAAGAUGCAGACGAUGAAGAUGAUCUGGAUAUAGAAGACGAUGCCGAGAAGGACAAACCGGAAGCAUUACGUGCGGAACAGCGGCAAAAACUUCUCGAGAAACUACAACGAAGACUACAAAACGCACGAAAGAAGCUACGAAUUCUCGCGCGAACAGAGCAUGAGCUCGAGCUCCAAAGGUCCAAGAUGGCCAAGACGGCUACAUCUGGAAAUAUUGUCACGAAGUCCGGCAAAAAGAUCAAGAUUCGGGAGCGUAAGAGGUAG